GCAGGCAAGCUUGUCUGGCUCGUGCGGUGGAAUGUCCUGACGUGGAAAUCGGCACGGGGUGGUGCAUUGGGAGGGAGCAGAACGUCAAAAGCGCUAAUUGCUGCGCACUAGCGAGAGGCUGGCUUUCACUGGCUUUCUGACUUUCAGCGUUGCUAACAACACUCCCACUCUCCCAACCAACUGGGGUGUGUGUGUGUGUGUGAGAGAGAGAAAGCAGGGAAGGGAGGGGAGGGGAGAGACGCUGGUACAGGUGCAGGUACACAGUGUGGCAGGAGCCCGCGCAGAUGAAGGGGACUUUUGGAGCGCCGGGCCUGCGGAUUUGUCAGCUGACAGGAAAGGAUGUUCUGGGCAGAUACAGCCGUGUGUGACACUGUGGAUUUUCUCUUUUCCCUGAAGCCAAGGCCUGUUUAUAAGAGGGCGCUGAGAGGAUUGUCAUGGCAUUCACUGCCCUCUUCAAGGGCUUGUUGGGGCAGAGGACCCAGGAUAACCAACCCACAAUAGUACCGUCUGACCAGGACGAUGACGAUAUGGAUGAUGACCACGAUGUCAGGAGAAACACUCCCAUUCGGAGGAACUCCAGGUUCUACAGAUCUAUGAGGAGGACGAGACAGGAGCAGCUGUCCUCUAAUGAUCAGCCCAACCAAAGCCCAUCACCCAGGCGAUUCCGUGAUGCGACUGUCAACAAAAGAACAGGACCCUCCCCAGCCCCCAGCGUUCCUGCACAUCCUGUGAACAACAGAACAGCCAUGCCCCCACGUACAUACGAAUCUCGGACUGCGUUGCCAAGCAACGGGGAGUCCAAGAGCCUGCACGCACCGCAGAACGGGGCGACGUCCCCCUCAGCGUCAAAACUUAAGGGGGGGUCGGGGGGGCUGGGCUUAUCUCCCAGCGAUGGGCAGCACGGACCGCUGUCUCAGGGUGAACAUUCCUCCAGGACGCUGCGGUGCAGUACAGACAUGGAUAGCCUCACAGAGAACGUCUCCUCCUGGUCUGUGCUGACACCCAACGCCGGUAUGCUCGCAGAGCCCACAGACAGUCGAGCCGUGGCAGACUUAGAUGGGAUAAACCUGAGAUUGAACAAUAGGGAAAGCUCACAAAAACCAGAAAGAAAGAAAGAGCGAGGAGAACCAAUGUCUCACAGCAUUAAGAUCAUCAAGAACAUUGAGUUCCUAUAUCAGGAGUACAGAGACACAUCCAAACAGCAGGAGAUCCAGCAGCGGAGGCAACAAGACGGCAUGCAGGUGGGGUUUGGGGGUGGGGCUGGAGGAGGGGGGACGGCCCCACCCACCCUGCAGCUCCAGCUGAGAAACAGAGCCCAGUCCCUCAGCCUGUGGCAGAACCUGGAGGUGGUGCGGCAGAGUGGCCUCCUCGACACACUCCCUCUGAGAGAGAUCAUCAUGCAAGAGGCCAUGUUUGAACUGGUGACCUCAGAGGCUUCCUACUACAAGAGUCUGGAGGUGCUGGAGACCCACUUCCUGAAGAACCCCGUAUUGGUAAACACCCUGAGCCAAUCAGACAUGCACUUCCUCUUCUCCAAUAUUGAGGAUGUCAUGAAAGCCAGUGAAAGGUUUCUUAUGGACCUGGAAAACAGAGUGGAGCAGUCCAUCCAGAUCUCAGACGUCUGUGACAUUGUCCACUGCCACGCUCUCAGUCACUUCCAUGUCUUUAUCACCUACGUCAUCAACCAAGCAUACCAGGAGAAGAACUACAGGAGAAUAUUACAGGAAAACACAUCUUUCCGUGAAACAAUGUUCCAGCUGGAGAACCAUCCCAGGGUGCGAGGCUUGUCCUUCACUUCCUUCCUCAUCCUCCCCUUCCAAAGGAUCACCCGACUCAAGCUGCUGGUGCAGAAUAUUCUGAAGAACGCAGAAGAGAACUCAGAGAGGGAGGCCAAUGCUAUCAAGGCUCACUUUCAGCUGGAGAAGAUAGUGAAAGAGUGUAACGAGGGGGUGAGGAAGAUGAGUCGUACAGAGGAGCUGAUCAGCAUCGAGAAGACGCUUGAGUUCAAAUCCAAGUCAGUGCCUGUGAUCUCCCACUCACGCUGGCUGCUGAAGAAGGGUGAACUUCAGCACAUGUCUGGGCCCAAGAGCACCAGGACUAUACGGAGCCGAAAGCUCUACCAACCUGUCUACCUCUUCCUGUUCAACAACCUGCUGCUGGUCACCAAGAGGAGCUCCAGUGGGGAGAAGUUCCAGGUGCUGGACUCAUGCGCUCGGUCAAUGCUAAGAACAGAGGACCUGGAAGACCAUGGUCAGAUGCUGGCGAACGUCUUCAUCCUGAAGCUGCUGGAAAACCAGGAUGAUCGGCCGGUGACCUACAUGCUCAAGACCUCCAGCAUGAGCGACAAACUGCGCUGGAUCUGUGCCCUAACGCCAAACCGGCGCACCCGUUUUGCUUCUACCAGUGCCCACCAGCCAGACUGCCCCCAGGUACAAUGCGUACAGUCAUACUCGUCUCAAGAACCUGAUGAACUCUCCAUUGAGAUGGCAGACAUUCUCAAUGUGUUGGAGAAGACAGACGAUGGCUGGAUGAUGGGGGAGCGGCUUCACGAUGAGGAAAAGGGCUGGUUCCCCUGCCGGGUUGUUGAGGAGAUCAAAAAUGAGGAGCUGCGAGCCCAGUACCUGCGAGAGUGCCAGAGGAUACAUCAGGCCCAGGGAGGAGGACCUGGUGCCAUCAUGGCAGGUUCCAGGGGCAGACGCACUGCCAAAGUCACCAACAGGCCCCAGAUGAGCCAGAUGGAACAGGACUACUAGAGACUGAAGCUAAAAGUUCCAGGCAGCCUCAAUUUCCCUUUGGGAGUAAUCACCAACGGGAAAGCAAGGACUGUAGAGAAGGUUGUGACCUUCUGUUGGAAGGAAGAACAAUGCAAUGAGUUCACUAGUUUUUCCAGAUAUGCCAUGUCAAAGGACUUCCUUUCAGAUUGGAUGCCAAAAUGUGAUCACAUGGUUGUUCUUGAGGUUCUCAUUAUAUCUGGGAAGAAGACAUUCUCUUCAAACUCCAAGGCCCAGAAUGCAUUGCCCCCAAAAUGAACUUUGAUCAUUCGCACUGAUGGUUUACAAAGUUUCAUAAUGACUAUAUGCAAGGUCUGAUGGAGAAGAUCAGUGCACACCAAUCGCAGAAGGUGAGAUGGAAAGAGCAAGAGAACAUGUUUUGAGGAAUGUUUCUCUGAAAGAAGAGUUCAUGAACAUCUUAGCUAUUUGGGCACAUAUAUCAAACUGCACUGCAGAAUGCUUUCAUUCCUAUAACGCUUAAAUGUGUCAAGUAAAUAUUGUAAAUUACGCCAAAAAAUAUUUCACAAAAACAUCUAUUAGUCAAUGGAGAUGGAUUUUUUCAUUGUAUCCAUUAAAGCAAAAUGAAAGCAAAAAGAAUUUAAGAAAUAAUGUGGAGUGAAAGAGUAUAGAGGAGCCCAGGAGAUUUGCACACAAAAUUACCAUGUAUCCCGAUGUGAGAUCCCCUAACAACACUCAGGGGGAGGAUACACUGUACACAACUGUCUAUGAUAACCCUGUACUGGUCCGAUGAUGCAUUAUGGAACAUCGGGACACAAUGCACCAGAAUAGUUGCUGUAUUCUGCAUGUAGUUUGUGAGUGUAAGCACAUGUGAGAAUAUGUGUAUAUAUACAAUCUUGUUGAUGCCUGGAAAAUAAUUACAAAUAAUCGUUAUUUCAUUUUGUAAGAAGUAAUUUAUUGUUAAUAAAAAAACAAAAACAAAUCUGAAA